GUGUGUGUGUGUGUGUAUAUGGUGAUGCGUGCACAUUGAAAACAGGGCAUGUGCGGUGCACGCAAGGGGACCACGUGGGUUGACACCCAUUUCGAACCGGAGGACCAAUAGCGGGCACGAGCGUUUCGCGUAAGGGGUCCCGAAGGUGCCCCUGCGAAAAAAAUAUGGACGUUUACGUUGCGAUAAUUAUUAUUUGUGUAACUCGCCGUGUCUGCGUGUGGUCUAUGCCAAUUGAUACGAAGGCGACGGUUUUCUGUGCGACUAUCGGAAAACAGUAGCCGGACUAUGCGCGCGUGCGUAUUCCGUUACAAGUUACGCCCGUGAACAAGUCAUAGAGUUGGAAAAUAUUGCAAUUUUUUUUCUCACAGUUAAUUAAUGAUCAUCAACCGGUUUUCAGUGUGAUCGAACUGUUAAACGAGUGAUAUCUGUGAUAAAUUUCGUGGCCACAUCAUCGUACUCAUCCAACAUGUACUCGGCUCACUACAACGGAUUUACGUUUCAGGGUCAAGGACGUGUGAACCAGUUGGGUGGUACGUUCAUCAACGGUCGUCCGCUUCCUAAUGUGGUUCGGUUGAAAAUCGUCGAAAUGGCAGCUGCGGGUGUGCGACCGAGCAAUAUAUCUCGACAACUUAAAGUAUCGCAUGGAUGUGUGUCUAAGAUACUUAAUAGGUACCAGGAAACCGGAAGUAUUCGACCAGGCAUCGUAAACAGCGACCAUGCGCAAAAAACAUGCACAAAACGAUCUCCCUACUGUCCCGAUGAAGUCAGAGAUACGACAAUAAGGUCAGAUCGUCAUAGCAACUACUCUAUCGAUGGAAUACUUUCAGGCAGAACUGGUGAUAUGGACGUACCAUCAGAACCUGGUAUAGUUAUUUCAAGAAAACAGAGAAGAGGUCGUACAGCAUUUACGGCACAACAACUCGAAGGACUAGAAAGAUCCUUUUUGACUUGUCAGUAUCCAGACAUUGCGGCUAGAGAAGCUUUAGCUGCAAAAUAUGGAUUGCCAGAACCUAGAGUUCAGGUGUGGUUCAGUAAUCGCAGAGCUAGAUGGAGAAAACAGAGUAAUUCAAAUGUUCAACAUAAUGUCAUUAAUAGUAACUUUUGCGAAAGUUUAAACACACCUACUUAUACAGGUACAGCUGAUUGGAGACUUCAACAUAGUAUCCAGUAUAAUGGUUACUAUGACGGUACUACUUGGGAUGGAUAUCAACAAAAUAAUAGAACAAGUGCACCAUCUCACCAAUACGGAGACAUAUUUAUACCACCCACUUAUGGUCCUACAAAUGAGUUUGCCACCGGAGUCAUGAAACGCUCUCCGUCUGUAGAAACUCCAAACGGUCUACAAACUUCGCCGUUUACUAAUUCGGUUGCAACUGCUCGUUGGACAGAUUUUAAUAAGCCUACUGUAGACCCUUGUUCUGUGGCUUCAUAUUUUAACAAUAAUUUAUUAUGAUAAUAAAUUUUACUCGUAUAUUUAUAUAAUAGCCAUUUAGAGUUCUUGUAAAAAAUUUGUAGUAUAUAUUUUAUAAAUUAAAUAAUGAUCUCACAAAAUCAUUUAUAAGUUUCAGUCUUUAUCACAAAAUUCGUUAGACAUUAGAAAAUUAUUAAAGUGUGAAUAUUUUUAUGGAUUUCAUUUACAUUAAUUAAUGCGAAAUUUGUUUGAAAGAUAUAUGUAAAUCCGAAUGUAAUGAUAUGUAACAUA